GAAGCCGUGAGGGAGAGGCUUGAAUCCGUGCUCCCGGCGCACCAUGAGCCCAAGUUAUGGAGGGCGAGGUGGGGCCGCAGAUAUUACCCCGAUUAAUUAACUCGCCAUUUUCGCUACCGCUGCUGGGCAAAUUGAGAAAUGGAGCAGGAGCAGGCUGGAACGGAGACCCUAGUGGAAGCUGCUCUGCAAGUCCUGAACACGCCCGACCCGUACGAGAAGGCCCGACUGGGGGACUCCGUCGCCACCCGGUGGCUCCAAGGCCGCAUCGCCCGCCCUUACGAUCCCUCCGUAGACCUCCCCGUGCCCGACCGCCCCGCCCGCCUCACCAAUGUUAAGCUGGUGUCCCCGAGCCUCAUGCCGAAGCUCGGCAAGGCCGGGAGCUUGCAGAGCCGGCAGGCCAUCGUCCAUAGCCUCGCCCACACCGAGAGCUGGGCCAUCGACCUUUCUUGGGAUAUAAUCGCCAGAUUUGGUAAGCAAGAGUCGAUGCCGAGAGAGUUCUUCACUGACUUCGUGAAGGUGGCCCAAGAUGAAGGAAGGCACUUUACCCUCCUCUUGGCCCGUUUGCAGGAGCUCGGAUCUUUCUAUGGAGCAUUGCCAGCUCACGAUGGGCUCUGGGAUUCUGCUACCGCCACGUACGGGGACCUCCUAGCACGCCUUGCUAUCGAGCAUUGUGUCCAUGAGGCAAGAGGGCUCGAUGUGCUCCCCACCACGAUAUCUCGGUUCCGAAAUGGAGGGGAUGAUAAGACGGCGGAUCUGUUGGAGAGCGUGGUCUACCCAGAGGAGAUCACACACUGUGCUGCUGGAGUGAAGUGGUUCAAGUUCCUCUGCUCAAGAUCCAUUGGUAGAAAAGAUGCAGGCUCUCGGGAAAGUGAAGCGGGUGGACCUGGUGAUACAACGGAGGAGUGUGAAGAAGAAGAAGAAGUCAUAAAGAGGUUUCAUGCCAUAGUGAGGGCAUUCUUCAGAGGUCCCCUGAAGCCACCGUUCAAUGAGGAAGCAAGGAAAGCUGCCGGGUUUGGGCCUCAAUGGUACGAACCUCUCGCUUUCAAAGAACCCUCCUAGGAAUGACGUUCUUACUGCUAUGAUUCAAGCAGCAACACGAAUACGAUCCAUGGAUCUCUGUGUGUUUGUUUAGCUGAUUGAGAAGUGAACGUGUGGGGUUUCCAGCUCUGUGGCUUUUCGCCCUUGGUCCCCUUCGCAUCAUUAGGCUAGAAUUGAAGAGUAGAAGAAGAAGGAUCUUUGUUUGUCUUUCAUUCGCGAGAUACCGGUUGCUAUGGUAGUCUGAUUGUGUCUGAAGAUUUUGUUCGAAAUAUCAAUUCAAUUAAGAUGAGAUGUCGCCAGAGUUAUGCUGAAGUAA